CUUGUUCAGAGUUUAAUUUGCGGAUCAGUUAUGGGGGACGAGUGCUGCUCUACGCAACUGAUCGAUAGUAAUGGCGUAUUUAAUGUUGCUGGACUUGAGAAUUUCGUGAAAACAGUAAAGCUUAGUGAAUGCGGACUCUCUUAUUCUGUGGUCGCUAUAAUGGGGCCUCAAAGCAGUGGGAAGAGCACCCUAUUAAAUCAUCUAUUCCAUACCAAUUUCAGGGAGAUGGAUGCAUUCCGGGGAAGGAGUCAAACCACAAAGGGCAUUUGGAUGGCAAAGUGUAUUGGCAUUGAACCUUGCACUAUUGCCAUGGAUUUGGAGGGUACUGAUGGGAGGGAAAGAGGCGAGGAUGAUACUGCAUUUGAGAAACAGAGUGCUCUAUUUGCUUUGGCGAUUUCAGACAUUGUACUAAUAAACAUGUGGUGCCAUGAUAUUGGUCGGGAACAAGCUGCCAACAAACCUCUUCUUAAAACGGUGUUUCAGGUCAUGAUGUGCUUAUUUAGCCCUCGCAAAACAACGCUGCUGUUUGUUAUUCGUGACAAAACAAGGACUCCACUCGAGCAUUUAGAGCCAAUUCUAAGGGAAGAUAUUCAGAAGAUAUGGAGUAAUGUUUCUAAGCCCCCAGCCCAUAAGGACACUCCUCUCAGUGAAUUUUUCAAUGUUGAGGUCACUGCUUUAUCCAGUUAUGAGGAAAAGGAAGAGCAGUUCAAAGAGCAGGUUGCACAAUUGCGGCAGCGAUUUUUCCAUUCUAUUGCUCCGGGAGGGCUUGCUGGAGACAGACGCGGUGUUGUCCCUGCGUCUGGGUUUUCCUUUAGUGCCCAGCAGAUAUGGAAAGUUAUAAGAGAGAAUAAAGAUCUUGACCUUCCUGCUCACAAGGUAAUGGUUGCUACUGUUCGAUGUGAAGAGAUUGCCAAUGAGAAGCUCAGCCGUUUGACCUCAGAUGAGGGUUGGCUAGCACUAGACGAAGCUGUUCAAACUGGGCCAGUAUUAGGCUUUGGCAAAAAACUCAGUUCAAUUUUAGAGACUUAUCUUUCAGAAUAUGAAAUGGAGGCUAUCUACUUUGAUGAAGGUGUAAGAAACGCAAAACGAGAACAGUUGCAGUCGAAGGCAUUGGAUUUUGUUCAUCCUGCUUACCAAACUAUGUUGGGACAUCUGCGUUCUAAAUAUCUCAACAAUUUCAAGAAGGGACUGGAACAGUUACUAAAUAGAGGAGAAGGAUUCUCUACAUCUGUUCGUAUUUGGACGCAGUCCUGUAUGCAUGAGUUUGAUGAAGGAUGUGCAGAUGCUGCUGUAAAGCAGGCUAACUGGGAUCCUUCAAAAGUAAGGGAAAAGCUUCGUCGAGAUAUCGAAGCACAUGUAGCAUCUGUCCGUAGUGCAAAGUUAUCAGAAAUAGUAGCCAACUAUGAGAACCAACUCACGGAAGCACUCGCCCAACCUGUAGAAUCUCUAUUUGACACUGCUGGAAAGAAUACCUGGGCAUCAAUAAGAAAACUUCUUAAGCGUGAGACUGAAACCGCUGUAUCAGGGUUUUCAACUGCUGUUGCUAGUUUUGAGGUGGAUCAAGCUGCAUUUGAUAAAAUGGUGCAGAAUAUACGGGACUUUGCAAGAGGUGUGGUGGAGAAGAAAGCAAGAGAAGAAGCUGGGAAAGUUCUGAUUCGUAUGAAGGAUAGGUUUUCAACAAUCUUCAGUCAUGACAAUGAUUCAAUGCCUAGGAUUUGGAAUGGGAUGGAAGAUAUCAAGGCAAUAACAAAAGCUGCCUAUGCUGCGUCCCUGAAACUUUUAUCCGUAAUGGCUGCCAUUCGUUUGGAUGAUAAACCAGACAAGAUUGAGGCAACACUUUAUUCAUCUCUUAUGGAUGGCACAGUGGCAGUUUCUUCUACCCAGCAGAGGGGAACAGAAACCACUGCAGAACCACUGGCUUCAAGCACAUGGGAGGAGGUUCCUAGGAGUAGUACACUAAUUACACCAGUACAAUGUAAGGCUUUGUGGAGACAGUUUAAAACAGAAACAGAGUAUACUGUCGCUCAAGCUAUAUCUGCACAGGAAGCUCACAGGCAGAAUAACAGCUGGUUACCUCCACCAUGGACAAUACUUGCGAUGAUUGUUCUUGGAUUUAAUGAGUUUAUGAUCCUUCUAAAGAAUCCUCUUUAUUUGGUGGCAUUAUUUAUUAUUUAUUUAUUUUCCAAAGCCAUAUGGGUACAGCUUGAUAUUCCAGGGGAAUUCCGCCAUGGCACACUUGCAGGGAUUAUUUCUAUAUCUUCAAGGUUUCUUCCCACCAUGAUGAACCUUAUCAGGAAACUAGCCGAAGAAGCCCAAGGUCGUCCAACUCCUGAACCACCGAGACCAGACCCAUCACUAGCUGCUCAGAGUUAUAGAAAUCAAGAGAGAACGAGUUCUGUGACAGAUUCAGUUCCAAACUCAUCUGUAUCAUCUAAUUUCACAUCAACUGAAAGCAGUGUUGAGUACUCGAGUCCUUCAAUGACACAUAGACGAUCUACAAACACUGAAGAGCCAGAACAUAUUUGAUCAAGACCAGUUGAUUGAAAAUUUGUAUAAUGUUUAGUUUGGAGAGAUGACAAGAUCUCCAAUUUAAUGGGGACCUAGUGAUAAGCAGAUGCAUGAGAUUUGCAUGUAUAGCCAUAGGUAGGGCUGGUGGAUAUCUUUCUCUGGGAAAGUUUGUGUAUACAACCUUGUGUUAUUUAUAUAUGAAGUUUUUUUUUUUAUCAUCUCU